AUGGCUGCCAUGGCGACCGUGCCCAGCUACAUCCCUUCGCUAUGGGUGAGGAUGUGCCACGCCCUCCCCCGGCUGGACCUCACCAUGACGAUGAGAGACAACCUCUUCAUCCCCGACAGCUGGGAGUACCAACAGGUAACAGAAAACGCCAACAGCGAAUCACAUCCCAUCACAAACUACAACUGGCCAAUCACACAGCACAACUGAUUGAUUCAUAUUUAUCUUAAGUAAUCUCUUGGUUCAAACAACAAGAUCGACAAUAAAAGACAGCUAAGAUUCAAUGAAAAAUAUGUAUUGCACUUGGUAAGAAUGACAACCAAAUCUGAUACCGCAAUGAUACAGCCCCCCCAUGUUAAAUACUGCACCAUAAAGAGCCCUCUCUGUUUGCGCAGCGGUAUCUGCAGAAUCCUAGUGGUAUUAUUAGAGCAUUUAAACAGCUUAUUCAUGCUAGUGGUGCAAGUGGCCUAGUUAUUGACAGGGAAACAAGCCCAGACCGCUCAGAAGAAUCUUGACCUGGAUCUCAACUCAUCAGAAAUAUUACACCAUCUGGCUGUCUCUCCUCAAAGCUGUUAGCACUUAAUUACACUGUUCUGUUCUCAUCUCCACCACAGUUCAGUUUACACCCCUCAGCUCCACUUAAUUACACUGUUCUGUUCUCAUCUCCACCACAGUUCAGUUUACACCCCUCAGCUCCACUUAAUUACACUGUUCUGUUCUCAUCUCCACCACAGUUCAGUUUACACCCCUCAGCUCCACUUAAUUACACUGUUCUGUUCUCAUCUCCACCACAGUUCAGUUUACACCCCUCAGCUCCACUUAAUUACACUGUUCUGUUCUCAUCUCCACCACAGUUCAGUUUACACCCCUCAGCUCCACUUAAUUACACUGUUCUGUUCUCAUCUCCACCACAGUUCAGUUUACACCCCUCAGCUCCACUUAAUUACACUGUUCUGUUCUCAUCUCCACCACAGUUCAGUUUACAUCCCUCAGCUCCACUUAAUUACACUGUUCUGUUCUCAUCUCCACCACAGUUCAGUUUACACCCCUCAGCUCCACUUAAUUACACUGUUCUGUUCUCAUCUCCACCACAGUUCAGAUAACAUCCCUCAGCUCCACUUAAUUACACUGUUCUGUUCUCAUCUCCACCACAGUUCAGAUAACAUCCCUCAGCUCCACUUAAUUACACUGUUCUGUUCUCAUCUCCACCACAGUUCAGAUAACAUCCCUCAGCUCCACUUAAUUACACUGUUCUGUUCUCAUCUCCACCACAGUUCAGUUUACACCCCUCAGCUCCACUACAGACUCCAUCUUAUUUCACGUUCAUUCUCAUCAUCGUCAUGCAAUUAUAAAAGUUACACAGUACGGUUUUGCAUUUGAGUAGGAUUUGGUUUUAGUGGAUCUUAAUCUGGAGACAAUGUAGAAGUAGAAGAAUAUUGUCUUUGUGGUAGAAAACACACCAUUUUGUUGUGUUGUUCAUUUCUAGGUUUCACCAUUCCCUUCCAGUGGGCUUGGUGACAUGUAAACCCUAAUCCCUACGUCACACACAUUCAAUGUUUACAACAUGUCUACAGUACCGAGAGAGGGAUUCUCAAAUGAUCCGCCAGUAGAGAAAGACAAAAUAAAUGGAAAGCGCUUGGAGAGAGAAAAAGAGAGUGAAGAGGGAGAGUAAGGUGAGGAGGUAGUGAGGAACAGAAGACGUGGCAGAAAGAGAGGGAGAGAGAAAGGGAGAGGGAGAGAUGGCAGUGAAUGUAUUUAAAUAGGUCACUGAUUAUUAAUAGACAUGCAGUGGUCUAGAGAGAGAGAGAGGGAGAGAGGGAGGGAGGGAGGGAGGGGAGAGAGAAAGCGGGCGAGGGAGAAGUGGGGAACAUGGAUUGGUAGGGGGUUAUAGAGAGCAGGAGGCAGCUGAGAGGAAUAAGAGAUAAGGUGGAGGAGAGGAAAAUGAGGGAGGGAGGGAGGGAGACGGGCAGAUGGAGAGGGAUAAUGCUGUAGAUAUGUGUUCUGGCUAAAUGCACUCUCCAGUAAAGUUGAGUAUGAUAGACGUUAGUAUGUCAGAGUGCAGGCUGAUGAUGAGCUGCAGGAGAGAUGUGAUAAGGCUUAGUAACGGUACUGUUAAUGUUCACUACAGCUUGCAGCAGAGGUAGUAGUGUGGAGAUGCAAGGCAGCUUUUAACCCUUACUAAUGUUCACUAUGUCUGUUAAACAGUCAGGAAUUAUAUUAUUACAUUCAAUUACUGGUUAAUGUUUGUAGUAUAUAUGCUCUUCUGUAUGGAGCCAUACAGAUUUGUGUGUGUGUGUGUGUGGCGUGUGUGUGUGUGUGUGUGUGUGUGUGUGUGUGUGUGUGUGCGGUGUGAAAAAAGCCUCCAGCUUUUUAGUUGAUGUCCCCUGGAUAACUUUAUACACUUUAUGUUCUAAUCACCUUUCACUUCCACUGCUUGGGUAGGUAGGACUCACGGUGGAAUUAUAGGACCUAAGAAUAUUGUGGUACUUUGUUGUGGUACUUUGUAGCUCAGUUAGUAGAGCAUGGCGCUUGUAACGUCAGGGUAGUGGGUUUGAUUCCCGGGACCACCCAUACGUAAAAUGUAUGCUUUGGAUAAAAGUGUCUGCUAAAUGACAUAUACAGUAUAUUAAUAUUGCGAUUUUCAUUAUCACAAUAUCGACCUGUGCUAUUUUGCAUAAAUACACUGUAGGGAUUAUUGCAGAAUAUUGAGGUUUGCAUGAUGAAGGCUGGGAAUUCAAAGAUGUCUUCAUGACUAACAUGUGCACCUCCCAGCUGCUCUGAAUCCCUGAUGUUAUCCAUAUCACAGUAUAUUGAGACAUUGACCCAACCCUUGCUGCUACAGUCUGUUCUCAAUAUUUCACUCUCAAAUGGUGUGGAGGAGGCUCAUUGGAAUGUCACUCCUUCUAUUAGUAAGACAGUGGUGCGUGAUGUAUCUGUGAAAUACAGUUCUAUUCCGUCGGGCAAAAAUAUGUUGAACCAACAUUUUAUCAAUGUCGUCUGUCAACAAUUUUAGGUUGAAAACACUUUUUUGGGGGUGGAAAAACGAAGAAAAAAACGUAUACAAAUUCUAACCAGAUUUCAACUAUAAAUCAACAACAGAAUUUCAAGGGUUGAUUUAUUUCAAAUAUAAUUCACAUUUGUUGACAACGCAAUUAAGUAUCAACCAAAUAUAGACAUUGAUUUUACGUUAUUUCAGGUUUUUGCCCAGAGCGAUAAUGUUACUUAGCAAUGCAAUUUCCAUUAUGCAAUCAAGUACAAUGACAGUGUUACCAUAAGCAUCAGUCUGUAAAGUGCUGUGUUUUAUUUGAUUUACUGACCCUCCUCUAACCCCCCCCUCUCUCUCUCUCUCUCUCUCUCAGACUCUACUGGUCCUCUCUAGUCUCUCGGCCAUUGCUCUCAUUCUCUCCCUCCUUGUCAUUAUCUCCUUCCUUAUACACUACUGCUGCUGUCGCCGUGGUGACCGGAGUGAGGGAUCUGAGGAAGAGGAGGAUGAGGAAGAGGGCAGCACGGGCCACGGAUACGGAGGCAGGAAGGGCCGGGGUAUCUGCUGCGUCACCUGGGUGUCGGUGGCGGCUGUCACACUGUGCUGGUGAGGUGGAGAGGUUAUUGUGACGUCACUGCCAGGGUCAUUGUGAUGUUAUUAUGAGGGUCAUUGUGACCUCUUUAUGCGGGUCAUUGGGAUGUUGUGAUGUCGUGAGGGUCAUUGUGAUGUCCUGGUGUCUUUGUGACAUCAAUAUCAUUGUGAGUGUUGUAUUCAUGAAGUGUGGUCAAAUCAUAUGACCAAACCAUGUGACCAUUUGUCACAAGGAAAGAGGAAAUGGAAUCCUUUCUAUAAUACAGAAUUACCACCUUCUAACUUAUAUUAUUUCCCAAUGGUCCAAUAACCAUGUGUGUCUUGAUGUAAGUGAUUUUCAGAGCACUGUAGAAAAGCACUGUCGCUUCUUUACGAUGUGUUAGUAUUUUGCUCCUGGCAAUAUCUGACACAGACAGUUGACCUAGCUGACCGUGGUCAAGUUGUGAUUUGACCACAGGGACCAGGCCACUGAGGUUAGGGGUUUGGGCUUGUGACAGGAUGUUUGCGGUUUAGAAAUUGAAUCGUGGUUUCCUAUCAAUGUGACGAUGAUGUCAGAAGUCCCACCUCGGCGUAUUGAAUCCUCUCUCCUCUGUUCUCGCUCUCUCUGGUGACCAUGCUGUCAUCCACUGUCAGGAGGGCAUUUAGUCACAUUGUGACGGGAUGUUUAUUUUGAGUUUGCAUGAGAAGCAUGAGGAGAUUGCAGCAAGUAUUCAGAUCUUACCCUAUGAGGUUUGGAGUACUGCUGGUUUUCUGUUCUACCUGAUUAUUAAUUGCACCCACCUGGUGUCCCAGGUCUUAAUCAGUCCCUGAUUAGAGGAGAAGAAUGAAGAAAAAAGCAGUGGAACUGGGUUAGAGGUUCAGAUUAGAAGUCAGAUUGGGUUAUCGUAUACAAAACCUACAGUUAAACACCUUCAGCUCUGACACUGUAUGAUGUUUAAUGUCCUCUCCCAUCUCAGCAGCAUAGCGUUGUCAUAUGUCACAUGUUAUCGGAUUGCAUUGUCAGCCUCAGUUGAUGUCACUGCUUUAUCAAACAGCACAGUGUGCUCCAGAUCUGAUUUCUGCUUCAGUGAUGUCAUCAUUAUGCAGACGUUUGUGUUAUGGUGGUCCUGUUCCCCCCCGCGGGCCGUGAUGAUGUCAUCUCUCUCUCUCUCUCUCUCUGAUACAUGACCUUCUUGUUGUUUGGAUGGAAAAAGGGGAGACAUUGCAAUUUCUGCUUUUGGUAGUAGACAUCUUAGUUUUAGAAAUGCAUUGUGGGAAAAUGUCAAAUGACACCCUAUUCUUCAUGUAGUGCAUCAGAGCACAUAUAUCAAAUCAAAUUUUAUUUGCCACAUGCGCCGAAUACAACAGGUGUAGACAUUACAGUGAAAUGCUUACUUAUAAGCCCUUAACCAACAAUGUAGUUUUUAAGAAAAAAAUUUAAAUAGCAAAUAAUUAAAGUGCAGCAGUAAAAUAAAAUAACAGUAGGGAGGUUAUAUACAGGGGGUACCGGUACACACGUGAUGCUGUCAUAGAAAAACAUACAUGUUUGACUGUAUGAAACACCCCCCUCUUUCCCCCCCGCUUUCUAAUCUGGGUCACAUACUUUGUGGGAGAUUGGGUCAUACCAUUGCUCUCGGGUGCGAUGGGAUUUGGUGAACAUCUGGCCUAAGCCUUAAUCUGAAUAUUUGAAUAACAGAGAUAUAUAUGUGAUUAUUUUUGACGUUUCUAAUACCACGCUGACUGAAGACUAAAAUGCUGAAACUGCUAAGACUCUUCAAAGCUAUCUUGUAUUUUGUAGUUUUCCUUCAGUCGUUUGUUCAUCCAUUUCUCACGUUUCACAUCACUCUCACCAGUUCUAUCUUGUAGUGUCAAAUUAAUUUAAUAUGUACAUACAGUUCAAACUGAAUUAAACAUGAAUCUCUCUCCCUCCCUCUCUCCCUCAAUCCCUGUUCCCCUUUUCGCAGUGUCGCCAUAGGCGUUGGUUUCUACGGCAACAGUGAGGCUAAUGAUGGGAUAUAUCAGUUGACUUCGUCUCUUCUCACAGCCAAUUACACACUAGCUUCCAUCGAUCUGCUGGUGAGUGCUACAGCUCCUCCCUCCCAGCAAAUUUCAGACAUGCACAAUAUCUACCCUGCACUGUGUGUGUGUGUGUGUGUGUGUGUGUGUGUGUGUGUGUGUGUGUGUGUGUGUGUGUGUGUGUGUGUGUGUGUGUGUGUGUGUGUGUGUGUGUGUGUGUGUGAGAGAGAGAGAGAGAGAGGUAGAUAGAUUGGCAGAGAGGGAGAGAAAGUGGGGUGUAAACUUGUGUCAGGCAUGAUAUGGAUCUGUCUGUCCUCAUGCGGUCACUCAGUGGUUUAUAUGUCUGGGUGAUGGAUGCCCUCUUUCCUCUGUACACGAUGGAGGGAGGAAUCCUACACUCAUUCACAGGCUGGAUGGAAGUAUGGAACUUCUCUCUUACAUGCUUUUAACCCCCCUAAAUGACAAAGAAAAACAAUCUCCACCCACCCCAUGUUGUUGAUUAUACAACUACAAACUCUCUAUGAUUACAUGACCAUAAGAUUGAUUGUAUGACUCAUAACCUCCACCUCUCUGUCCUGCCCACCCCUCCCUCUCCGCCUCCCCAGGUUUCAGACACCAUCUCUGGGCUGCAGCUGUCUAUCGCUGGGCCCCUGACCACCAUGGAGGAGCUGUUUACAGGCAGUAAGCCCUACUUGGUGUCCACCCGGAACUGUAGGAGACUGUCAGAGAACGUGGUGUCCCUGCUCACCUCUCUGACCAUGGCCCGCUCCUCUGACGGGGGUGCCUGGAACAGCAGCAACAGCAGCAGUGAUCCCCCCAUAGCGGCCCUCACCCCUGUGCCACCCUCCAUGGCCCCCACAGUGGCACCAGCCGGAGGGGUCAUGCCCAGCCCCUUCUCCCCUGGCUGGGCAGCCAACACACUGAUGGUCAACGAAGACUACAGGUGAGGGAAGGGAGUGGGAGUGUCUUCUUCAAUGUUUCAAAUUGGUUGUUAAGAACACACACAGCGUGCGCCAGUAUAUCACUCCCUUGUGGUUUGCUGAAAGAUUGAGUUUUGCGUUCAAAGCACCAUAGAAAUGUAUUUGGAAGUUUAUUCCCUGCAUUGUGUGGUUCUCUGUUAUCUCCUGUGCUGUAGGUGGCUGUCCUACGUGCUGCUGUUGCUGCUGGACCUCCUAGUGUGUCCUGUUCAUCCUUCUGGGCCUAGCCAAACAGGCCCGCUGGCUCCUCAUCCUGUAAGCGCACACACACACACACACACACACACACACACACACACACAGAGAGAGACAGACACACACACACACACACACACAGAGAGACAGACAGACACACACACACACACACACACACAGAGACAGACACACACACACACACACACACACAGAGAGACAGACAGACACACACAGAGAGAGACAGACACACACACACAGAGACAGACAGACAGACACACAGAGAGAGACAGACAGACACACACACACAGAGAGACAGACACACACACACACACACACACACACACACACACACAGACCGACAGACAGUUAAACCCUGUGUGGUGUAUUGUAUCGAACAACACUGAGCUUUGAAAUGCUCUGUGACUCUGUGUCAUGUGGGCUGUAUAAUAUCUGAUGGUUCCUAGGAGGUGUGUUUGGUGCUUAGCUGACCCCUGUGUGUGUGGUGUUUCCCCUCCCAGGAUGACGGUGCUGGCCUGGCUGGCUUUGUUCCUGAGCUGGGGCUCCCUGGGCCUGGAGACUGCCACUGUGGUG